CAACCAUUACAAAAACUUUUUCUUUCUUUUUCAUAAAAUCUAGAAUAGGAUUCAUUUAUAUAGUACAUUCGUGAUUAUACGAGCAGCGUUUUUUCUUUGUUUGUCUCUACUCUCAACGCUGUAUUAACUGUACAAUAUGUUCGUGACUCUCGUGCUUUAAUCUAUCCAUAAUAUUGUUAAUAGAUGGCGCUAAUCUCUGGAGAAAAUGGAAGUAUUAUAUAAUUAAAAGUCUCCAUCUGCAAAUAUUAUUGGUUAGACGAGUGACUCAGGAACGAAAAGAAAAGAAAUCAAUCUGGGUAGUCGUAAUGGAGUCAACGAGCAGUCAGUCAAGAAAAAAGCAAACAGAGAGUAUGUUUGCUUGUUUUUUUUAAUUUCGCACAGUAGAAGCUACAAUGAAACGACGUGUUUAUCGUUUUUAUAUUUAUACUCACUUUAAUUCUAGAUAUUGAUAUGAUGAUGAUGACGCGUAGUGGAACUCUAGCUGCUGCAGCAGCAACAGAUGCAGUUACAUUAUCAAAUUCUAAGAGUUCACAUCCUACGUCUAGCCGUCGUCCACGUUCACAAGUAACAAAAAAAAUAUUUAAUAAGAAUAAUAAUGUUAGUGGUACACAUUUGUUUGCUCGUUCAAACUCAACUAUUGGUUCACGUUCUCUGUCAUCCGAUUCUUCAUCUUGGUCACCUACUAACUCAUCACGCUCAUCAUCUAGCUAG